AUGGAAUUUAGAAAUAUUGAGCUAUUUGGGGGAGCCAUCGCUAUAGAUUUGCCCGAGGACUUCUUGGAUGUAAGCGACAUAAGGCAGGUCCCGGAUAACCAAGAAGUUUUCAUGUCCCAAGACACACAAACAAGCAUCAUCAUCGAAAUAGUCGAACGUCUGGAGCCCGAAAAGCUCCAACUACAACCAAACGAUAACUCAAAGACCAAUCCUGACCAAGAAGAAGUAGCCCAAGACAUGCAGGCUGUGAAAGCCCACAUCCAUGAAAUCUGCGAAGUUAGUGGAGACAGCUACGAACUCAUCUCCAGUACAGGACCAAUUGAAGUGCUUAAGUUACCCAAUACGCCAGCUUACAUGGCUCAGGCACGCAUUUUAUGUUCUGUCAAAAGGCGAGGUGGGGAGCCGGCAUCAGUAUCAGCAGCAGCAAGAAGAGUUGCCGUGUCUGAAGGAAUAGAAAUAGACGAGGAAAUAACCACACAGCCAGAAACAGCGACGUUGACAUGCCAUUUGCUCCUGAUCCGUUUAAAGGAAGAAGAGACAGACAUCAUAGCUUAUGUCGUGAUGCCGCAUAAGGAGCUUGAGAGAGAUGGUGGUCCGGUCGAUGCGAAAGCUGAUGAGAUAGCGAGCGCGAUACUGACAAGGUUGUCGGCGUCGUUUGACGUAAUGGAUUAUUCACUUUUUGCGGGACGGUAG